CUUUUAAAACAAAACAAAUUUUGAUUGCUUUACAUGUCAGUCAGACUACGCUUCCUGUCUACUGUUUAGCAAGAACCGCCCACUUAUACAGGAAAACUGUCUGACUGACACGUAUUGUAACCAAUCACAAUUCUUCACAGCAACAGUUCGGUUUGGGGGGCGGGUAAAUCUGAAUUCGACCAUAAUGAUGGCACAGGGGUCUUCAGAAAAACCGAAUACUUUAGUGAAAGAUCCGUGUUUGCUUUGUGGUCAGGAGUUCCAUCAAUCCAAAACGAAUAAGCAUCGGCUGUUUAACGGAUACAAAUCUAAAAGCAAAGCGGAAUUUACCGUUGUGCUGGAGGGAUUUGUUGGACGCAAAUUUAGGGACACGACACUGGCCAUCUGCACGUCGUGCAGAACUCUCAUUAUGAGGUACGAUCGCGUAUCUAAAGACGCAGAAAGAAUAAAAAUGCUUGUUGACGACAUGUGGAAGAAGAACAGGGAGAAACGCUGUGCUGCUUCAACACCUAAACUAGAAGUGAAGCGACAACGCAAACUGAUCGACACAACAACAACAUAUGAUGAAGCCUGCAACAUUGCAUCCAACUCUCUACAGGCCACCGAAGGAGACAUAUCUGCAGCUAAGGAGAAUCUCAAAACUGAGCUAAAACCACUGCAGGAAAGGUUGCGAAUACUCGAAGAGUUAAAAAGGACAUUGCAUGAAACUGCAGAACAUAUUGUGUUUCAGACCCAACACAUAGAAAAGCAGAUUAAGGAGGAGUUUGUACAACUUCGCAAAAUGUUAAGUAAAGAAGAAGCAACCAGAAUAAAAGCACUGAGAGAGGAGGAAGAGCAAAAGAGCCUGAUGAUGAAGGAGAAGAUUGAAAGAAUGGGAAGAGAGAUUUCGUCUCUUACAAUCACCAUCAAGACCAUAGAGGAGGAGAUGAGAGCUGAAGAUGCCCUAUUUCUACAAAACUAUGAGACUACUAUGAAAAGGACCCAAUGUGUGUUGCCGGAUUCAGAGAACAUUUCAGGAUUGCUGAUCAAUGUGCCAAAGCACCUGAGCAACCUGAGGUUUAAUCUGCUACAUAAGAUGCAAGAAAAAGUUGAAUUCACUCCUGUGAUUUUGGACCCCAACUCUGCUCAUUGUAAUCUCAUCCUGUCUGCUGAUCUAACCAGUGUGAGAUACAGUGAUGAGGAACGAAUAGUUCCUGAUAAUCCAGAGAGAUUUGAUAUGUUUGCUUGCGUUCUGGGCUCGGAUGCCUUCGACUCAGGAUCUCACUGCUGGGAUGUUGAGGUUGGAGACAGCACAGGCUGGUUUCUGGGUGUAAUGACAGAAUCUGCUCACAGAAGAAAUAAAAUCUUCUCCAGGAGUGGAAUCUGGCUUGUGGGACAUUUUUGUGGUGAAUAUAAAGCACAUAUUCCACCACAAUCGCCAACACUUUUACCAGUGAAAGACAAACUACAGAGGGUCAAAGUUCAGCUGGACUGGGACAGUGGAAAGCUUUCAUUCUCUGAUCCUCUAACAAACACACACAUACACUCUUUUACACACAGGUUUACAGAGAGAUUGUUACCGUUCUUUGGUAUUGGCUGUGAUAUUUCUCCUUUGCAGAUCUUACCAGUAAAAUCCUCAGGAAAAACAAUCAGUUAAUGUUUAAUUUUGUAGUUAUAUAAACAUUAUGAGACAUUGAUUUCAUAAGUCUUAACAUAACGUUCUGAAUAAAGUAUUUGUCUGCUGCAAUGUG